AGGUAGGUUGGAAGGCGCCAGGAACUGUCUCCAGGCUUGAGAAACCUAACUCCAGACCUGAUGGGUGGAAAAUGGCUAUGGCUGAGAUUCCGCCUGUGUCAGGGCACUGGAAAAGACUUUUAGCAAGUGAUGCAAUGACCCUGUUAAUUACAAAAAGCUGCGCUCAUCUCGAAGUCUUGGUUUGGGAGUGGGGAUUUUUCUAACAGCAUCAGGAGUCAGCAUCUCGAGAGAGGCAGCAGACAGCCUCUUUGGAUCAUUUCUCUUUCUUUUUGGAAAGGGCAGCAACGCUGUGCGCAGUUAUUAAAAUAUCACACUACAUAUUUUUUAAAUUUGGGAGACUGUUGACUACGGCACCAGCAACUGCUUUGCUGCGACGGCUGUGGGACAAGCAGAAGGAGUCUCCGAACACUCCUGUCUGCGUUUGCUCUAUGUGUGCGAUUUACAGAGGGAAUGGGACCUAGAAGUUUCGAGCCAACGAACAGUGGACACUGCAGACAGAGACGCAUGAUACUCACUGUCACCAUCCUGGCACUGUGGCUUCCACAUCCUGGGAAUGCACAGCAACAGUGCACCAACGGCUUUGACCUGGACCGCCAGACAGGACAGUGUUUAGAUAUUGAUGAAUGUCGGACCAUCCCUGAGGCUUGCCGUGGGGACAUGAUGUGUGUCAACCAGAAUGGCGGGUAUCUGUGCAUCCCUCGAACCAACCCAGUGUAUCGAGGGCCCUACUCCAAUCCCUACUCUACAUCCUACUCAGGCCCAUACCCAGCAGCUGCACCACCAGUGCCAGCUUCCAACUACCCCACGAUUUCCAGGCCUCUUGUCUGUCGCUUUGGGUAUCAGAUGGAUGAAGGCAACCAGUGUGUGGAUGUGGACGAGUGUGCGACAGAUUCACACCAGUGCAACCCUACCCAGAUCUGUAUCAACACGGAAGGAGGGUACACCUGCUCCUGCACUGAUGGGUACUGGCUUCUGGAAGGGCAGUGCCUAGAUAUUGAUGAAUGUCGCUAUGGUUACUGCCAGCAGCUCUGUGCGAAUGUUCCUGGAUCCUAUUCCUGUACGUGUAACCCUGGCUUCACCCUCAACGAUGAUGGAAGGUCUUGCCAAGAUGUGAACGAGUGUGAAACUGAGAACCCCUGUGUUCAGACCUGCGUCAACACCUAUGGUUCUUUCAUCUGCCGCUGUGACCCAGGAUAUGAACUGGAGGAAGAUGGCAUUCACUGCAGUGAUAUGGAUGAGUGCAGCUUCUCCGAGUUCCUCUGUCAACAUGAGUGUGUGAACCAGCCGGGCUCAUACUUCUGCUCAUGCCCUCCAGGCUACGUCUUGUUGGAAGAUAACCGAAGCUGCCAGGAUAUCAAUGAAUGUGAGCACCGGAACCACACAUGCACUCCCCUGCAGACUUGCUACAAUCUGCAAGGGGGCUUCAAAUGUAUCGACCCCAUCGUCUGCGAGGAGCCUUAUCUGCUGAUUGGGGAUAACCGCUGUAUGUGCCCUGCUGAGAAUACUGGCUGCAGGGACCAGCCAUUCACCAUCUUGUUUCGGGACAUGGAUGUGGUAUCAGGACGCUCUGUUCCUGCUGACAUCUUCCAGAUGCAAGCAACGACCCGAUACCCUGGCGCCUAUUACAUUUUCCAGAUCAAAUCUGGGAACGAGGGUCGAGAGUUCUACAUGCGGCAAACAGGGCCUAUCAGUGCCACCCUGGUGAUGACACGCCCCAUCAAAGGGCCUCGGGACAUCCAGCUGGACUUGGAGAUGAUCACCGUCAACACUGUCAUCAACUUCAGAGGCAGCUCCGUGAUCCGACUGCGGAUAUACGUGUCCCAGUAUCCGUUCUGAGCCUCGGGUUAAGGCCUCUGACACUGCCUUUUACCAGCGCCGAGGGACAGGAGGAGAGAAGAAACCAGCAAGAAUGAGAGCGAGACAGACAUUGCACCUUUCCUGCUGAACAUCUCCCUGGGGCAUCAGCCUAGCAUCCUGACCCCUACCUGUACUAUCGCAGACUGUCACUCUGAAGGACACCAUGCCCCCAGUUCCUAUGAUGCAGUUAUCCAAAAGUAUUCUCCUUGACCCCUGAUGUGAGGUUGCAAGUGACUCUCCAAGGCCUUCCAUUUAUUUCUAUUUUUUUUUUAAAAAAAGGAAAAUAGAUUAGGUUUGCUGGGGUAGGAGUCUGUGUUCAAAGACUGAGCAGCUUGUUCUUGCCUCUGCCCCUCCUUCCUCUAUCUCUUGCUGCAUUGCUGCUUUGCAAAAGUCCUCAUGAGCUCAUGGGAAAUGCUGGGUAUAGCUAUUUUGCUUCUUGCAUGUGCUGAGAAGGCUAUGGGAACACGUCACAGCAGGAUCGAAGGUUUUUAAAGAGUCUAUUUUAAAAUCACGUCUGGUAUUUUCAGCAUAAGAGAAGUUUUAGUUGUUCUUACAAUUUGUAUGAGUGUUUAACCUUUUCUCGUUCAUUUUGAGUUUUUAAAGUGAUAGAAUUCCUUCCAGAAGGCCUCAGAUACAUGUUAUGUUCAGUCUUUCUAACCUCAGCCUUCCCUGCGUCUUAGCCCAGUUUUUAUGAAGACCCCUUUAAUCAUGCUUUCUUAAGAGUUUUUACCCAACUGGGUUGGAAGACAGAGGUAUCCGGACUGAUUAAAUAUUUGAAGAAA